AUUAAAAAAGCUUUGUCUAAGACGAAAAGUUUGAGCUUAAGACUCCUGAUAUGUUCUUAUGCUGAAUCUAUAUUUUAUUGAGAAUCAAAUUCAAUCGGAAAUUCUAUUCACAAGGCGCCGUCCGGUGACUCUGCUCCGACCUCCGCCAUUGGGGUCUCUCAGUUUUCUUCAUAUUUCCAAGUCAAAAUACGCGAUUUCUCCAUCUGAAUCUCUUCUCUGAAGGAGGAUCACUAUGUCGCUUCAUCGGCUUCGCGAUCCGGUUAUUGGUCGCGCUCGCUCUCUUCUCCAGGCUCGCCUGGGAGCUUUCCAUCCGUCUUCUCCUAUCUCGUCCAGAUACAUUUCGCGGUAUAGCACCUGGAAUGUACAAAGGUUUUCGGCUGGUGAUGGCUCCCACUUUAGGCCUGUGCCCUUUUCUUGUUUCACUGGAGCUUGUGGUCGAGCAUUGCAUCUAGAGCAGUCAGUUGGUAUCAGGUUUUUCUCAUCCACAGAUUCUUCACAUGCCGUUCUUGAAAUGCCCGCACUGUCACCUACAAUGAAUCAGGGUAAUAUUGCCAAAUGGAGGAAAAAAGAAGGGGAUAAGAUAGCUGUUGGCGAUGUCCUGUGUGAAAUUGAAACCGACAAAGCUACUCUCGAAUUUGAAAGUCUCGAGGAGGGGUACUUGGCCAAAAUAUUGGUUCCUGAGGGUUCCAAAGAUGUUCCAGUUGGACAACCCAUUGCAAUCACGGUUGAGGAUCCAGAUGAUAUCAAUAGGGUCCUUGCCAAUGAUGUAUCAGGUGCAACUGAUGUUAAAAGGGAAAAAAAUGAGGCCAGCACACAAGCAAGUUCCGUAGAGAUAAAUUCGGAAAAACUUCCUCCUCAUAUUGUACUCGAAAUGCCAGCUUUAUCUCCAACUAUGAACCAAGGUAAUAUUGCUACAUGGAGAAAGAAAGAGGGAGAUAAGAUCGAGGUGGGUGAUGUAAUAUGCGAGAUAGAGACAGACAAGGCAACCCUUGAAUUUGAAAGUCUUGAAGAAGGGUAUCUGGCUAAAAUACUAGCACCUGAAGGCUCAAAGGAUGUGGCUGUUGGAAAGCCGAUUGCAAUUACAGUUGAAGACCUGGCAGAUAUCGAAUCUGUAAAGAGCGCUGUCAGUAGUCGUUCCGGAAUUAAAGAGGACAAACCUGCCGAUAGUACUGUUAAAAAUAAUGUUGAAACAUUAAACGGAGGAGGUGCUGUUGCAAGAAUAAGUCCUGCUGCAAAGUUGUUAAUUGCGGAACAUGGUCUGGAUGUAUCAUCAUUGAAGGCUUCGGGUUCUCAUGGAACACUGUUGAAAGGGGAUGUGCUGGCUGCCAUUAAAUCAGGGAAAGGCUUGUCAGAAGUUUCUUUAUCCAGAGAGAAAAAAUCUCCCGAGGUCCAUGCACAGGCUUCUUCCGCAGUCUUAUCAGAAACAAAACCGUCAACAAAGCAAUCUGAUUCUUUUGAAGAUUUACCUAAUAGUCAAAUUCGCAAGGUGAUCGCUAAAAGAUUACUGGAAUCAAAACAAAAUACACCACACCUAUAUUUGUCCACAGAUGUCGUGUUGGAUCCUCUUCUUUCACUUAGAAAAAAUCUUAAAGAGAAGCAUGAUGUCAAGGUUUCCGUGAAUGAUAUUGUCAUCAAAGCCGUAGCAGUUGCUCUAAGAAAUGUUCAUGGAGCCAAUGCGUAUUGGGACGAUGUGAAAGGAGAAGUUGUUUUCUGUGACUCUAUUGACAUAUCAAUUGCAGUUGCUACUGAGAAGGGCUUAAUGACUCCAAUUGUGAGGAAUGCUGAUUUGAAGACCAUAUCGGCAAUUUCUUCAGAGGUCAAGGAGUUAGCUGAGAAGGCACGGGCAGGGAAGCUCAAACCGGAUGAAUUCCAAGGAGGCACUUUCAGCAUAUCAAAUCUAGGGAUGUUCCCGGUGGAUAAUUUUUGUGCUAUAAUUAACCCUCCACAGGCUGGAAUUCUUGCUGUAGGUAGAGGCAACAAAGUUGUUGAGCCAAUAAUUGGGGAUGAUGGAAUUGAGAGACCUGUGGUGGUCAAUAAAAUGAAUUUGACAUUGUCAGCCGACCAUCGUGUAUUUGAUGGAAAAGUUGGAGGCGAAUUCCUCUCAGCUCUUCAAGCAAACUUCAGCAGUAUCCAAAGACUGCUAUUGUAGAGUUUCUUCAAGUUGAUUGAACAUUAGCAGCAGAUGGAUUUUGAAACCAACUUUUUCAUUCCUCAAAAUGUCAAAGUAAUUAUUGCUUUGAUUUUGCAUCUUUUUCAGCUUACAUAAAGAAUUAGUUGUUGAUUCAAAUUGGCCAUUGUCAGUCAGUCAAGAGAACCAAACUUUAAGCAACCUUUUCCAUCAUCCCAAGUUAUGUGUUUCAAGGAAUAAUGAUGUACAAAAAGAUGAGUGUCUUGUGUUUCGUCUUUUUGCAUAAUUUGUUGGGUUCAUUCAAAAAUUUUGAAUAAUUUCUUUUUUGGUUGCUUUUGGUAUGGCACCAAUCUCCAUUAUAUUUCGAAGGAAUAAAUGAAAUUGGCGAUUCAUGUCA